UUUUCUUUUUUUUUAAAAAGAGCUGAGCUUGACUUGCUUCUCCCUGCCACUUUUGACAAGUCAGAAAAUUGUGAAGUUAGCAGAAAAGAGAAGUGGGGGGAAGAGAGAGAGGGAGAAGACGCCUCUCAUUCUUUGGACGCAAUGAACUGAGGAAAAAACGUCCAUUGUAAUGGUAAACUGCUCGCAGAAGGGGAGAAAAGGGCUGAUAAUCAAUCAAAAAUGAAGUGCUGGUGCCGCAUUUGUGGAGUUUGCUACCUAUAGUAGUUGGACCUUUUACUUUUUUCUCCCUUCCUCCUCUCUGUUUUUGUCCUAUGUAAUGUGAAAUAGCCAUAGGUUGGAAACGUUCACAGCCAAAAUAUAAUGGCGAUGAUGAUGAUGGAGUGAGGAACAAGUCGUCUCGCUUUUGUGAGGCUUUGCGCAGGGAAAGAUUCAGCCACUGAAACUACACAUUUUUUAAAAAAAAUUCUGAAUAUUGAGAUGAUGUGCCGAAAUGUUGCUUCGAAGAGCGGUGAAUGCGGCGUCCUGGACUUCAGGUCAGAAGGAAAACAUGCUCUCUUGGCAGUCCUAGCAGCUUCUGGUAUUGCAAGCGACAGGACAAUUUAUGGCGGACAGGCCCUUUCAGUGACUGUUUUGGCUGCAGAGAGUGCUUGAGGAAAUCAUGAGGAUCUUGGACAAUCUUAGCAGAGGGACCGUCACUUCUGCGGGCGCCAACGUAGUCCAUAAAGGAAGGUACAUUUAUGUGAAGGCUUUUCUCCAAGGAGGAGCUCCGUGGGGAUUUACUCUGAAAGGCGGACUGGAGCACGGGGAACGAUUAAUCAUCUCCAAGAUUGAAGAAGGAGGGAAAGCAGAUUUACUGAACGCCAAACUACAGCCCGGAGACGAACUGGUGAACAUCAAUGAAGUGGAGCUAAGUAGUUCCCGGCGGGAAGCCAUCUCCUUGGUGAAAGGCUCAUACAAGACGCUGAAGCUGGUGGUCCGCAGAGAUACUUUUGCAGCGGACGGACAUAUUAACAUCACUGCUUCCCGUUCCCUCAGUUCAGAGUGCCUUGGGUCUGACUUGCAAUACGCUAAAACAGCAUGGCCGGGUGGAUUUAAGCUACGGCUGAAGAACAGACGAAGCGACCCCUGGGGGCCGGCCGCACUCUUGCAUUCCGCCAAAACCGCAGAGAACCCACCCGAUCUCAGUAUGAUGCAAAUAUCUCAGGGCAUGAUUGGCACUCCUUGGCACCAAGCCUACCAUUCCAGUUCCUCCACAAGCGACCUCUCCAGCUAUGACCAUGGCUAUCUGAGGAGAAGCCCUGACCAGUACAGCUCCAGAGGAAGCAUGGAGAGUUUGGACCAUACCCCGGCAGGGUACUCCCAUCACCCCUGCCACCUGUCACCCGCCAAAUCCACCAACAGCAUCGACCAGCUUUCCCAUCUCCACAGCAAGAGGGAUUCUGCCUACAGUUCUUUCUCCACCAGCUCCAGCAUCCCUGAAUAUCCAGCGCCCACAUUCUGCAAGGAGCGGUCGUACUCUAUGGAGAAUGUGCAUUCCCGGGUUAGACCGCAGGAAGGGGGAAUGCGGCAGGCUGAUAUCCGCUACAUUAAAACUGUCUACAACGCCCAGCGAGGGGUUUCAGAGGAAUAUGAGGUGAAGUCUUCAGCUCUUCUGCCUAGUGGCGAGGCCCAGACGAAAGGUUACAACUCCGGCCGGUUGCAUGGCUACAGCCGAGGCCCGCAAACCCGUAGUUCGUCCGACAGCGAGAGCCAGUAUGGGAAAGGGCCUCCCAUGCCACCAGCCCGUAGCGAUAGCUAUGCCGCAACGAGGCACCAUGAGAGGCCAAGCUCUUGGUCUAGCAUCGAUCACAGAAAGCCAUCUAGGACUCAUUCCAAAGGUGUUUGGCCUCACCUGGGCCCUGGUACUCCUUCUCCUCUGGGGCAUCUCCAGAAGUCUGUGUUCCUUGAAGGACAGCUCCACACAGUGAUGGAGAAGAGCCCAGAGAGCAGCCCCACCUUGAAGCCCAAGCAGUUGUAUUCACAGGCAGCUCAACCGGGGCAGCCUUUGCUUCCAACUGGUGUUUACCCUGUACCCUCUCCUGAACCUCAUUUUGCCCAGGUCCCUCACCCGUCUGCGAGCAACGCUGGGAUGGUUUAUCCAGCGCUGGCCAAAGAGCAGGGGUACGCACCGGCCCCUGCUUCUUCUCCAGACUCUUAUGAAAAAGCUGCAGGCUACAGCCAACACUCUAGCUUGGAUGAGAAUGGAAACCAAAGCAUUCCUAACAAGGCUAUUGUCUUCUAUCAUCCUGAAUGUGUGCCAUUGACAGCAGGGAAAAAGAAGGAUGCCGGCGAUGCAGCUGCAAAGUUUGUCUCGUACAGAACUCAUCCUCAAGUCUACCCAACUUCUCCAAGACAGGAUGAGUCUGGGACCUUGUAUAUGGCAACACCCAUAAUCCAGGAAACCACAAGAAAUGCCCAUUCUGGGAAUCACAACUCUCAGCCUUGGCUGUCUCACCUGAGGGAUGGGAGCAACGGCAAACCUGUCUGCCCGUCUAAGGGCUAUGGAGCAGGAGAGCACCUGGAGGAGAAGAACGUGAAGCCGCCGAAAAGCGAGAGAGAUUCACCAGCCCAAAACCAAUGGAGCUCCAGUAAGGCCAAACAGUAUAGCUUUUCAUCUUUGCAGAAUAUCCCCGAGAGUACGAAACUGCAAAAUAACUUGGAUCCAAAGGAGAUGGAACAAAGCUGGAGCUGCUCUGAGGCCAGAUGGCAUUUUGUGAACAACAACAGCCAAGCAGAGAGAGACUAUCAUCGGCAGAUCCCCGAGCCCUGGCAGGAUAGAGAAUGGCAGGCCUUGGAAAGACACCAUGAUGGAUUUGCUGGCUCAGGACAUGUCCGCGAACGGAUCCAUAGUGCGGAGCCAAAGUAUGACGAACCGUCUUCUUCCCUGCACCCAAAGUCAUCGGAUCGCAGCGUUCGCCGCCUCAGUUCUAGCAGCACUCAAAGCUUCCAGAGCUCUCAGAAUGGCAAAAUGGAGUCUAGAAAGCCCCGCUGUUCCGUUCUGGAGAAGGUCAACAAGAUCGAGCAGCGUGAACAAGGCAGCCAGAGGUCUCAGAGUCUGAGUGUGAACCAUUUUGGCCAGAAUUACGCGUCGAACAAGCCCAGCCUUAAUACCGCCGAGGACAUCCAAAACAGGCGUAACUCUCAAGAGCGUGGCCACUUGCCGGGUGAACAUUGCAAGCUAGCCAAUAGUACCACCUCUGAAUCGAUCCCCCAGAUGCAACAUCCAAGCGAGAGAGGGGUCUUCAAACCAGAGGGGGCUAGCUGGCAUUCUGCAGAGCAACCGACGGGAGCAACGACGGCAGUGCCAACCCGGCAGAGCGUCUACCACCCCGGUGGACUCUCCGAAAACGAGCCUCAGAAACAGGUGACGCAACUGCAGCGGAGUAGAAGCACGUUCCAGUUGAUGGAAGAGCCCGAGAGGGAGAUCUUUUGGAAGGGCAUCGUCCAGGACUUGAACGGAUUGCAGUUGGAUACCCCCUUUAACAGGGCUUACAGGAACAGCAUCAAAGAUGCCCAGUCGAGGGUCUUGAGGGCCACAUCCUUCCGGCGCAAGGACCUCAACAUCAGCCCUCCCUUUGGAAACGAGCCCAAGAGGAGCGUCCAUCGGCCAGCUUCAGCCCACGUCGGGGUGAGGAGCACGGCGACAUCUCCACAUACCCCAAAGGAAAGGCAUAGCAUCACUCCCACGGAGACCAAGGUGGGUUACGCCAACAAAGAGAGCUUUACUGGGCCUCUGCACGUAUCCCGUAUCGGGGGCCGGAAGCGCCUGACUGCGGAGCAGAAGAAAAGAUCUUACUCUGAGCCAGAGAAGAUGAAUGAAGUGGGUGUGUCCGACAGCGAGCUCUCGCCUUUCUCUCUUCAGAAGAAAGCCCUCCAUUUUGUUUUCCCAGAAAACACCGUGGCCGACCGACGCAAGAUCUUUGAGAGGGAGAACAAGGCUUGCUCCACCAUCAAUCUUUCCAAACCGGAACUGAAGCAGUUGCAGCAAAACGCCCUGGCAGAUUACAUCGAGCGCAAAACCGGGAAGCGUCCUUCUUCUGCCUCCCAGGACGCCAGCCUCCUCCAGGACGGCUCCCAGGCCCCGUACCCGCAAACAGGUGUUCAGGACAGCCAGUCUCUCUCAUCGGCUUCCAGCAUGAAUUCUCUUCAAGAUCUGAAUCUGUACCAUCGCAGGGAAUCCCUCGAGCAGGUCUCUAGAACCGGGCAUGGCAUUGCUACCCUCCCUCCGGGGCUUAUGGGCUGCUUUGACCUCGGCGGGUUGGAGAACAAAAAGGGCCCCCCGAAUAGCAGCAGCAGCAGCUCGUUUCCCAAUUGGCUGAAAACAGACCGGCGCCAGGAACCCAGAGCCAAUCCCGAGCUCACGAAAGGCACUCAGACGGACCAAUUGGAUGUAUGCACCCAAACGUGCUGUGACAACCAAGCUCUGGAGAAAAAGCCUGCCUGUGCCAAGAAGCCCGCAAAAUCAGCAUCAGCAGAAGACUUGCUUGAAAGAUCCGAUAGCCAAGCGGUUCCUGUUCACGUUCGAUCCCGGUCGUCUCCAACCGCUGAUAAGAAAUGCCAGGAUUUGCUGGUGGGAGACAGGACCGAGUUCAGCCAUUUUGUGAAAGACCCUUUCUAUGUGGUGGAUGCUAGAGCACGUUCAUUCAACAGUAAAGAAAGAAGUCAGAUGGACAAACCAGCGUUUGCCCGCUACUACCCUCACCCUCAGCAUAGCAGCGGGAGUGUCGGUAAAGCAUCGCCACCAAAUGACGGCCCAAAAGCUCCAGAUCUUCUCAAACAUCUCAGCAGAAUGUCAGCGUUUGCCCCGGUGCCGGUGGAGACGAGCAGCCCUUGCUCUGAUCUUAAGCAAAGCUCUAAGCUGGUUACUCCUUCCAGAUCUGGUCGGGCCUCAACAAGCAAUGUUGGGAAUUCCACACCAGCUCUUGUAGAUUCUCAGGUCAUUGGAGAAGGCCACGGAGUCAGAUGGCAACCCACACUUGACAGAGAUGACAGUAGCAAAGUUCAAGCCCAGGUUCUAGACAACAGGGACUGUCCUCUCAAGGAUUCUACAGAGGAAAACUCUUGGAGAGGGAAGGCUGUUGGGCCUCAAAGACACCUCCCAACCAACGCCAAAUGGGUUCAUCCAGUCAAAGACGACAGCCUCCCAAAGAACUCCAUACCUCAGACAUCUGGGCAGAAGGCCUUCCUGCGGUGGCAAAGCCUUCCCUCACAAAGUAGCUCUUCUUCUGAGCCAGAGACUCUUUCUGGCCAAGGAAGACUCUCGCUCCGCAUCUCAGAGUCGUACCUGCAGAUGACCCCUCCACCGUUCCAUCGAGAAGAAGACGAUGAUGAUGUUUUCAUCCAAGAGGCGGGGCCCCAUGGCCCCGUCACCGAAUCAAAGCAUUUGUCCCCUCUGUUUCCACCUCCGCCUCUACUUCCUGUGCGGAGUUCCAGCGCUGUGGCAGGCACCACAGAUGAAUUUCCACCUUCUUGUGUUGCUACGUUGGAACUGGAUGAAUCAGCAAUGGACAAAGCUGCAGGUUUUGGAGAAAAAGGAUCUCCGGAAAGAAACUUUAAAAAAUUCCCCAGGAGCAUCAGCGAGGUGGAGAGAGCAGGAUCGAGCACCACCAUCAGCAAGAACAUGUGGGUUCCUCCAGCUCCGCUUGGGACCCCAGAAUCCAAAGGAAAUCGCCUCGUGCCUUUGCCGGAAGCACAACAGCAGCCACUAGCUGUUCGAGAAUCCGUUAUUGAAGCGCCUGUCAGCCAGCCUAGAGAGCCCAUCAUCGUAAGUAAGGCAUACGGAAACGGUGGGCUCAGCCUCGAGAGUUCCUCAGGGAAGAAGUCUCCAGAGGACAUCAAGGAAGAGACCUUGGCAAAGGAGAUCAUCCACAAGGACAAGUCCCUGGCAGGGAUCCUGGAUCCGGAUGCCAAGAUGAAGACCACCAUGGACUUGAUGGAAGGGAUAUUCCCUAGGGGAGGCAGGAUGCUUAAGGAGAACAAAAGGAGGACGGUCGCACAGAAAAGAACAGCAGGUCAUUCUGCCCCUCAGGAUGACAAGAGAGAAGACAAGGAAGCGGCCACAGCGCUGCUGCCCUGCCCCGCCUACUUCAGCGUGUCUGCGCCCAAAGCCGAGCUCCUGAACAAAAUCAAAGAUUUGCCAGAGGCAGUAGGAGGGGACGAGGAACAAGUGGACGUCAAUGAGAAGAAGGCUGAACUCAUCGAAAGCUUGUCCCACAAGCUGGAGACUCUGAACGACGCCAAGGAGAGCCUGCUGGCCGACGUCAAGCUCAACAACGCCUUGGGAGAGGAAGUGGAGGUUCUGAUCAGCGGCUUAUGCAAGCCCAACGAGUUUGAGAAAUACCGGAUGUUCAUCGGAGACCUGGACAAGGUGGUCAGCCUGCUGCUUUCACUCUCGGGGCGCCUGGCCAGGGUGGAGAAUGUGCUCAGCAGCCUCGGCGAAGACGCUGAUAAUCAGGAACGGAGCUCUCUGAAUGAGAAGCGGAAGAUGCUGGCUGGCCAGCACGAGGACGCCCGGGAGCUGAAGGAGAACCUCGACCGUCGAGAGCGAGUGGUCUUGGACAUUUUGUGCACUUACCUCUCAGAAGAGCAGCUUCAAGAUUACCAGCAUUUUGUGAAGAUGAAAUCCGCCCUGCUCAUCGAACAGCGGGAGCUGGACGACAAGAUCAAACUGGGGCAGGAGCAGCUCAAGUGCCUUCUGGAGAGCUUGCCCACGGACUACACCCUCCGGAGUAAAAAAGCAACGGAGACCCCAACACCCAUGGGUACCUGCCAGAGCAGCAAUAGACUUCCACCACCAGCAUCUUCACUCUGACCCUACCCGGACGGGUCUCCGUCAAACUCUUCUUCUCAAAUUUAUUUAAUCAGAGACUGCUUUUAACUUUUUUUUUUUUGUAAUUGACGGCAGGUUUAAUUUGUUCUUUUAAAUUAACAAACGGCAUGGAAAGCUUUUCAUUUUUCUCCUGCCCCUCGCAAGAUCCUCAUGGGGAAAAGGAACUGAGUCCUUGCGGCUAACAGAGACUGAAAGGAGGUGGCGCAUUAUCCCAGCAGGUUAGACUCGUUGUAAACAAACACAAGCUGCCCCCCCAUGAGGAAUCUGGGGGGAUUUCCUCUGAGCACCAAUGGUUGUUAAACUAAUGAAGGAUCUACAAUCAUGAAGCCUUAAUUAAAAUGUUAACGAGAGACCUGCUCUCCUGAACAAUAUCGGUAUUUAUAUAUUUUUUUUAAAAAGCUGCAAGGUGGAAUUCUGUAAAGGUUUUUUUUUUGUACAAUAACAUUAACCAGUUAUUUGAUUCUACUUCUGUACGUGCGUAGGAAAUUUUUUUUUUUUGUACUUAACAGAGAAAAACAAAAGAACUAUUCCUUGCCCCAUCCCCUCCAGAGACCAUAGCUUGGAGCAGCUGUAUUGAUCUCUAGUGGAUAAAAAAAAGACUAGUGAGAAAAGCUCCAGGCCCCGAUUCGGGGCGCUUACACACAACCGCUCCGCGAAUGCAACCAGUACUUAGUGCUCCUUGGUCCGUAUGUGGAUACAGAGAUGCAUCUUCAGCAAGAAACAGAUGGGGAAAGUGUAACAGCAUUGGGGGUUUUCUCUGGUAGGAGAAAUGCCAAGAAUUUUAUCCACAUGUGCACAGCCAUGCACAUGAAAUUUUAGACAUCUGCUCCCCCAUUUUUGCAAGGUGCUAGUUGUCCCCCAUAGUUUGCGGUAUCCAGCCCUGACCUACGUGCAUAUAGAGCAAAGUUCUGCCCCCCCCCCUUUUCUGCAUAGCAGGAUCCAAUGCAGUUGGUGAGCAAAGAUCCAUGCACACAGUGCCCCAACUUUUGAACCCCGGGCAGUCACAGGGCUGGAGGAGGGGACGUUUAUCUCUUUUAGUACCCACUGAAUGUACCAGUAAGUGCCCUUUCUGAGAAACCUUUGCACAGCGAAAUUCCGUCUUCCAAUUCUGCGACGUGAGGCAACCACCUGUUCAAACAAGCACUUGCACGAACCAAACAGCUCAGGAGUUCGACGUGAAGCCGAAGCAAAGAGAUUCCCCCCACCCUUGCCUCUCUUGGACAACUAAAAAAAAAACAUUUCUUUUUUAAAACAAAAACACAGAAAGCAUGGAACCGCAUGCGGCCUGGGAAAUAUUUGAAUGACUUCUUGAGAUGGUUCUUUGAAUGUCUUUAUUUAUAGAUCGCUUUCCCCCACACACAAAAGGUUUUGUACACAUUAGCCGAUUUUUGUUUGUUUGUUUAAACCACAGUGGUUCUUUGUUCUCCUAAUCCCAUUGGAAUUGACCUUAGCCAGAACGGAGCAAAUAGAGUCAAACUACCC